GAAAGCUGGUUUUAGUCGCCAUGUCUGGAAGAGGGAAGCAGGGAGGCAAAGCACGCGCUAAAGCAAAGACCAGGUCUUCUCGGGCUGGUCUUCAGUUCCCGGUGGGUCGUGUCCACCGUCUGCUCCGCAAAGGCAACUAUGCCGAGCGCGUUGGGGCCGGUGCGCCGGUAUAUCUCGCCGCCGUGCUCGAGUAUCUGACUGCUGAGAUUUUAGAGCUGGCGGGUAACGCAGCCAGAGACAACAAGAAGACUCGUAUCAUUCCCCGUCACCUUCAGCUUGCCAUCCGCAAUGAUGAAGAGCUCAACAAGCUGUUGGGUAAGGUAACCAUCGCUCAAGGCGGGGUCUUGCCCAACAUCCAGGCUGUACUGUUGCCCAAGAAGACCGAGAGUCACCACAAAGCUAAGGGCAAAUAGAGUAUCUGUAACUGGGCUUGAGGAUAUACUCUCUUCACCUUCCUUAAAUAAACCAAAGGCUCUUUUCAGAGCCACGCA